UAGUCCGGGGCACAUUUGCACGUUGGGCUGUGCUGUGGUGAGGAUGGCUCCUCUGGUGACCUUGGUCCUUCUUGGGCUGUUCUGUCUGUCUAGCCUGGACGCCGAACCGCGUGUUCCGAAGAUUCAGGUUUACUCACGGCAUCCAGCAGAAAAUGGAAAGCCAAAUUUCCUGAACUGCUAUGUGUAUGGGUUCCAUCCACCCCAGAUUGAAAUUGAGCUGCUGAAGAACGGGCAGAAGAUGAAAGUGGAGCAGUCGGAUCUGUCUUUCAGCAACGACUGGUCUUUCUAUCUUCUGGUCCAUGCAGAUUUCAUUCCCAGUGCAGAAGAUGAGUACACCUGCGUUGUGAACCACAGUAGUCUCCCUGUGCCCAAGAAAGUUAAGUGGGAUCAAUUCAACUAACCAGUGUCAUGGAGAUUUGAAGCUGUCUCAUAUGGAGUUAACUAAUUCUCAAUUUUGUUUUCCUUCAUUUUAAUACUUGUAUGCUGUCACGUUUUUUUUUAAUGCAGCCCUAUUGUAGAGCUAUAUUGAUGUUAACACAAAUAUCUUCUUUAUAAUUCUACUUUUGGGAAUCUACACUUUCAUAUUUGACCUAAUUGGGCAGGUAGCUGUAGGAGGUGGCUGGAAGUUUAGAGGUGAGGAGGAGAGAAUUCUCAUAUUUAACAACAUCUUGGUCAAAUCUGAACUCUUUAGUCUUCUGCAUGCAAAACUGGAUAAUAAGAUAGUUAUGCAUGUUUUGGGUUAACCUCCAGUUUGUAUGCUUUACUUAGAAUUUUGGGGAAAACUUUUAAAAGAAUAUUGCCAGAAUUAUUGGAAAUUUGUGAAUGAAAGCAUUUUGAUAAAAAUUCAUCUUUACCUCUUACAUCUAUAUUAUGUGUAUUUUGAUGUUUUUGCCUAAAUACAGCUAAUUAAAAUUGUGGAAAACCUCA